CGCAAUUACUUUUGAGGAAAACCUUGUUUGUUGUAUAACUGACAAUUAUUAAUCUAGAUUCAGUAGAUCGUUGAACACACUGUAUUUUUUAUUCAUUGUUUUACGACAACCGAAUUCACCUAUACGGUGAUAUUUUUUUAUGUAUGUGUUUGCCUGAAGCAACCUUGUGGUAAACUGGCGUUGUAUCGAUGCAAUUAAAGCGACACGAAACACACAUAUAGUAUGGUACUAGUGUGUUGCGAUGAAAGAGUUUAAUGAAUAAUUGAAUUUUUAAUUAACUUGAGUUUCUUGAGAUUUGUUGUGUAAAAUGUGACAUCGGCUCAUAGAAAUAUUCGUGAACUAAUCUGGACUAUUAAGACACCAGAAGUUAUAUCUACAGACGCAUUGAAUACUUUAAAAAAUAAUAUCAAAUAAAGCACACACACCCAACACACACCACGAUAAACAACUCAUGGCUGGGAGUGAUUCAGAGCCAAACACGAGUGUGCCGUGCUCAGACACUGCCGAGGUGACGAAACAUCACUACGUGGACAGGCACGAGCGCACGUGCUGCCAGAACCCCACGUGCGGAAUCGUGUUCGGACUGACCAACCUCCGGCGGCCGCAUCAUUGUCACAGAUGCGGCGAGGUGUUCUGCCGGAACUGCCUCCGCUACUCCCAGAAGUUAGACACGUCGGCCCAACCGGAUGUUAACGGCACACCCUGCAAGGUGUGUUACACGUGCUUCUCUGAAAGAACGGAAAGUCAGGUCAGUGUUACUCGUUCUCACACGGAAUACUUCUCGAGCAUGCGCGGUAUGUCACGCAAGGAGCGUCGUAACACCGAGUGCGAAAUUAUCCUGGAGCAUACUAAAGGACAAAGGAGAUUCUGGAAAGACCAGUUCCAAGUUGAAUACCGGAAGGAGUGUCUGCGCCUGCUCCAAGGUUUCCAUGACAGCAUCGGGACCUCGCACGUGCUCCGGACCCUGGGAGAGAUCAGGGGAUACGUUGACGUGCCCGGCUGGCAAAGAUCCACGUUUUGGGAGUUGGAGACGAUCAUCCACUUUUGUCGCGCAUGUGGCAAGAAACUUGACCUCGUCAAGCAUCGUAACUGCCGGGUCUGCGGGCUAGCGCUUUGCAAGGCGUGUGCGCACAAAGAGUUGCUGGUAUUUUACGAGGACGAUGGAUCAUUGGACAAAGCUAAGCUGGUUAUUAUCCGUGUGCACGGGGCACCGGAAAAAGAACCGAAGUAUUCCGUCCUCUUGCGGAUUUGUGCCCAGUGCAAGGGAGAGCUAACUAGGCGACAGGUGCAGGACCACGACUGGUACAUGAAGAACAAAAAAAUCCAGCGACCAGAGAGCGUUGCUUUCGGCUCGGUCAUGCAAUUCGAUGAUCACUUCCGGGAUCUCACGGACCGCAUUAACGAGGCAUUUGAUGGUGACAAUCCAAACAGGGACGGUGAUAGUAUAGGCAGAUGGGCAUCUUUGGACGAACUUAGCCUAGAUUUCGAUAAAAUCAGCUUGGGAAACAUGUCUACCCUUAUGAAGGACCAGGUUCGAGAAAAUACAGAAGCGUUCUUGAGCCUUUACAAGGAGAUGCGCAAGUUAUUCGAGGCGCAGAAAGGUGAAUUAUCUCCAAAACGGAUACAGUUUGUGCAGAACUAUUUGAAGGCCAGACUUGACUUUUAUAAUCAGACGAAGAUGAGACUCGGAAGGAUUAACACCAGACACGAAUCACAAGACAUCGUAGUCAGCGUCCAGUGAAACGUCAUCGAUUUGCUUGUCAUGGAUUUAUCGAUAAAGAUAUCUUUGACUUUUUAGAUGUGAUUAUUAUACUCGAUUCUGACAUUGGGUUCGCGUGUGUAUUUGUUUCCAUUUCAUUUGAUGAUAACUGUAUUUUUCCUGAAUAAUUGACCGGUAUGCUUUCGCUUCCCAGUUAUACUUUUGAUGAUAUCCAUUUGAUACAGUAUUACAUUUCCAUAUCAUUUUAUGAUGUCUGUAUUGGAUUAAUAAUUGGUAUGUCAGUAUAUGUCCAUUUUAUCUGAUAAAACUUUGUUAACCCAUACUAUGCGAUUGCUUUAUAAGAACAGAAAAUAAACAUUUAAGUACUCGUUU